UACACAAAUUAUACACAAUAGGGCUUAUGCAUUUCAGCCCUGCGACUAAGCCGUCUCUCCGUCUCUACUUUGUCGGUCUCUCCAGUCUCCACUCAGCUCCACCGGCGGCCGGUCUUAAAUUAGUCUUCCCCGUCUGGCGUCUGCCACUCUGCUCCGUUUCCGUUCCGCUUUCCUAACCCGCAAAGGCCCAAACCAAACCAAACCAAACAUCAGAGGUGAAGGAUAGAACGAUUUUAGCUUUUGAUUUCGAGUGACGCCUCACUGUUCUUUCAAUUUAAUGGCUCGACGUCGUCGACUCAAAACCCUACCGGAUGCAAGUAGGGAUUUAAUAAGUGAGCUGCCGGUAGAGGUAAAGGACAGAAUUUUAGAGUGUUUGCCCACCCGAGAUGUUGCCAGAACUGCUCUGCUCUCAAGGCACUGGAAUGAUGUUUGGUUGCAGCAUGAGCGCCUUGUGUUGGAUCGGAAAUUCUUGGAAAGUGUCAAACAGAAACAGCUCCAAGAUGAUGACGGUAGAACCCUCGUGAACAUAAUCAAUAAUAUCCUCUUUUUCCGUACGGGUCCGGUUAAGAAAUUUACUCUAGACAUAGACACUAGAUAUGAUCCUGAGCUGCAGCAAUCUGAUUUCGAUAAUUGGUGUCUUUUUCUGUCAAGAAAUGGUGUGGUGGAACUAAACUUAUCUUUAUAUAGUGAUCUAGAGCGAGAUUAUCAGCUGCCAUUUUGUUUACUCUCUUGCAGGACAAUUAAGAAACUGAUAGUCGAAGGUCCCUUUAUUGAUUUGCCUGUAAAUGCUUGUGAUAUAUUUUCCAAUGUCACUUCAUUAGCUUUCUUGAAUGUUGCAUUUGGCCGCAGUGUUAAUGGAAUUGCCUCUAGUAUUAACAUUCCUAAGCUUGAAAAGCUGGCUCUCGAGUAUUGUGGAGGGAUCAAUACGUUUGAGAUUAGCCCUCCAAAGCUUGAAAUCUUGUCUGUUAUUGGUUCUAUUGAUGAUGACUUUGAUUCGAGAUGGUUGGCACCGCAUUUGAAAGCCAUUAAGACUCUUUGGUUGUGUGGCACCUCGUUAGAGUAUAUGCGUGUAUCUAUGUUUCCAACUGCAAUAAAUUUGCAAGUGCUGAAGCUAUAUGAGUUAGAUUUUGGUUGUCAGAAGCAGCUCAUAGUUUCUAUGCAAUUGAUUCAAAAAUGCCCCAACCUAUGUGAACUAUGGAUUAUGGCGUAUGAGUUCCGUGGGAAGGAUGAUCAAGAAGCUGCUUCAAGCCUUUUGGACGAUGGAAACGAUUGCUUAUUUAUUCAAGAGCUGCAGAUGCUUAACACAAUUAAGAUUGAAGCAUUCAGUGAUCAAUCCGCACUCGAAUUGCUUUUUGUGAAAACGCUGCUCUCAAAAUCCCCUGCGCUAGAGAGAGUUGUUAUUGUGGAGUCUUUGCGUAAGAAUGCCUCCGAGGUGGUGAGAAAAAUCCAAGGGAAGUUGGAAUGCUUCCCUCGUGCAUCUCCAAAUGCACAAAUUGUCUGCACUGGCGCGCGUAUGAGUGAGGACUGGAUGGAUACCCAUGGUGUUAGGCUUUAUUAAUGUUGUAACCAUCCAGAUCCUCCAAAAGUGCUUUACUUGCUGAAGGAUUCUUAGCAUCAUUUGUCUUGAAGGGAAACACUUGUUCAUAAAAAUGUACACUCUAGAUAUGAAAACUGAACCAUUUUGUACAUCAUAUAAAAUAUUCCCUUUUACAUUAGCAAUGAAAAUGCACUUCCUUCCUCUUGAUGCA